AAACAAACCCUAUCGCCCGUUUCAUCAGUCAACACACACACACCGCUUUGUUUGUGUCGCCCAUUUUCAAGAUACUUUCCCAGUCAAAAUCCCUUCUGAGUCGGAGAAAAUAUGGCCCUACAACUAUGGGAUGCCUUGAAAGAUUCAAUCACCGCAUACACGGGUCUAUCUCCUGCAACUUUUUUCACAGUUGUUGCUUUGGCUCUUGCUUUCUACUAUGUUGUCUCGGGGUUUUUCGGCUCAUCUGAUCAUGGUCAUCAUCAAAGGUCCAGAGACUUUGAGGAACAGACACAGGCUUUGCCCCCUCCUGUUCAACUUGGAGAAGUCACUGAAGAGGAGUUGAAGAACUAUGAUGGGUCUGAUCCCAGCAAACCUUUGUUGAUGGCUAUUAAGGGUCAGAUCUAUGAUGUUUCUCAGAGCAGAAUGUUCUAUGGACCUGGGGGACCUUAUGCAUUGUUUGCUGGAAAGGAUGCUAGUAGAGCUCUUGCCAAGCUGUCCUUUGAGGAAAAAGAUCUCACAGGGGAUAUCUCUGGCCUUGGUGCAUUUGAGCUUGAUGCCUUGCAAGAUUGGGAGUUCAAAUUCAUGAGCAAAUAUGUCAAAGUUGGGACUGUGAAGAAGGACUAAUUGGGACAAUUUUAGUUCAAGUGACAAGCUGAGAAGUGAGAACCAAAGGGAGAACUGCUUUGUGGAGAUCUGAAAUGCAUAGCGCAUCUGGUGCAUUUGUUGAUUAUCUUGUGUCAGAUGAGGCUCCUUAAUUAGCAGUCAAGUUAUAGUCUAUAUUUCUAAGUUGUUGAAUGAAAUAAUGAACAAAGCUUUUCACUUCCUGUGUUUUAUAGGUUUCUUACUGAGGUAAUGCUUGAUUUAGCUGAAAGGCAUACCUUAAUCUUGUCUAAACCAGUGCAUCUCAUGUUGCA